AUGAAGUUCUCUGCUACUAUCCUCAGCGCCGCGUUGCUCACAACGUCGGUCAUUGCAGCUCCUCUCACCGAGCAGCGCGCAGCUCGCAAAGCGGCCCGCGCUGCGAGCCGAGCUGGCCGUAUCAGCCGUCCGGCUUACAAGCCCGACAACAAGGAGCUUCUGAAGGCGAACGGAACAUCCCAGGAAGAGUUCAGCUCUAACUGGGCUGGUGCUGUGCUUAUUGGCUCCCAGUACACCUCGGUCACCGGCACAUUCACAGUUCCCAAGCCCGAACUUCCCUACGGUGCUUUUCCUUACGAGCAGUACUGCGCUUCUGCCUGGGUCGGUAUUGACGGUGAUACUUGCACCAGCGCCAUCCUCCAGACUGGAAUAGAUUUCUGCAUUCAGGGAGGCGAAGUUAGCUAUGAUUCUUGGUACGAGUGGUUCCCGGACUAUGCCUACGACUUCUCCGGCAUCGAAAUCUCCACCGGGGAUGUGGUUAAGCUCACUGUGACCGCUGUCUCCCGGAACUCAGGCUCUGCCGUCAUCGAAAACCUCUCUUCCGGUCGAUCUGUCACUCACAGGUUCUCCGGUGCUGAGGAUGGUGAACUCUGCGAGACAAACGCUGAGUGGAUUGUUGAGGACUUUGAGAGCGGUGGCGAGUUGGUUCCCUUCACCAACUUCGGAACUGUGACAUUCUCAAAUGCUGAGGCCCGCUCUGGCGGCGAGAUUGUUGGCCCAUCUGGCUCUGUUAUCUUGGAUAUCCAGCAGAACAACCAGGUUUUGACCCAGUCUUCUGCUACUGGCAACAGUGUUACUGUCAGCUAUGUCUAG